UCAGCUCCAUCUCCAUUUUGACAUAUGCACCCAAGAGCUACUGACUACGAUCUGUUUUACGGAACCUCGCUCAUCACCAACAGUUUUAUUGCAACGAAAUGGCCGAGAAUUUUUCCGUAGAAGAAGUCCAAGAGUACAAGGAAGCAUUUAACCUGUUUGAUAAAGAUGGCGGUGGUACCAUCAGCAUCAAGGAAUUGAAGCAAGUAUUCGAGGCGUUAGGUCAGCAUCCUUCUGUGGAAGAAGUUCAGAGUAUGAUCUCGGAGGUCGAUGAGGAUGGGAGUGGCGAAAUAGAUUUUGAAGAGUUUCUAAAAUUAAUGGUGGCCAAACAAGCAAACAUGACAAUGGAGGAAGAACUACGAGGUGCAUUCAAUGUUUUUGAUAAAGACGGUAGUGGAUACAUCUCAUCACAGGAGCUUAAACAGGUCUUAGAGAAUCUCGGCGAGUUACUGACUGACGAGGAGGUUGACGAGAUGAUGAAAGAAGCCGACCUGGACUGCGACGGACAAGUCAACUUUGACGAGUUUGUGAAGAUGAUGAGCAAUGUCAACAAAUAGGAACAGAUGAUAAAUUCUUUUCCAGCCAAAUUUCUAAUGUAUGCCAUGUCACUUUUUCUGUUUGUUCUGGUUCGUCUCUGUACACGUCCGUGUGCGUGCGUGUACGUGUCAGUUGCGUGUAAUGUGUGCGGAGUGGUGGAGCUGGAGGAGGUAUUUCUACUCUUUUCUACUCUUCAAAUGGCAGGACACAGUGCACUAUAGCUGUUAUACUCUCAUCUACGAAUAAUUUUUAAAAUUAUGGGUUAAAACAAUAAAGAGCAAUCUGCUUAGUAGA